AAAAUUGUAAUUUCUUAUUUUUCUCGUUACUUUUGAACUCUGACUUGCACAGCUCGUCAGAUACUCAAUGACGCAGCAUAAUAGGAUAGUAAAAGCCUUCAGGAAUGAAUGGGACAGUGGGUGGAGGUAGGCCGCGGGCCGCGUGGCGCCGCCUCGGCUGCGCCCGGGGCCUAUGUGCCAGGCUUUGCAGGCGGAGACGACGGGUCAUGCCUGAAGAUGAUAAGAGCCGCGAGUCCCGGCGCCGCAUCAACCACCCGCCGCCUCCCCAGUACAGCGCGCUGGGGGAGCGGGUCCGGACCGCAGCCCCCGCGGCGCUGCAGUGCGCGCUGUUCUGCGGCGGCGCGCGCUGCCAGUACGAACGGCCCACGCACCGGGCCACGGCCAUACAGGGACUCUACUCGGAUUGGAUCACGGACGACAUACUGGCGAUGGCGCGGCCCAGCACGGCCAGCAUCGCCGCCCGGAACAUCAUACAACAGUUUCACAGUUGGGGCAUCCGCACGGUGAUUAACCUGCAGACUCCUGGAGAGCACGCGAGCUGCGGGCCUCCGCUCACGGCGUCGGGGUUCACUUACGAACCGGCUGUCUUCAUGUCCAAUGAUAUAUACUACUACAACUUCGCAUGGGAAGACUACGGGGAGGCCAGCCUCAGCGGUCUCCUGGACAUGACCAAAGUUCUAGCAUUCUCCAUACAACAGGGCAGAGUGGCCAUACACUGCCAUGCGGGGCUCGGGCGCACAGGAGUCCUCAUCGCCUGCCACCUCGUGUACUCGCUGCGCGUGCGCGCCAACGACGCCAUCCGCCUGGUGCGCAGGAGGCGGCCGCGCUCCGUGCAGACGUCGGGCCAGAUCCUGUGCGUGCAGCAGUUCGAGCACUACUUCCUGCCGCAGACCGUGCUCUUCAGCUCCAGAGAGCCACAUUUGCUGACAAAGGACAAGAAAACAGCUGAGUUCACAUUGAGACAGCACUUGCACAGACAAAGAGCCACUCUGCAUGGUCUCGAAGAGCGAACGUUCAAAGCGCUGCCUAAGACAGUGUUCCUCCUGUGCGAGCGUCUGCUGAGGCUGUGCGGGUGCCAGCAGAGCCUCGGCCUGGACCUGCGAGUCCGCAGCCGCCCGUUCUACAGGCGCUUCCUCGCGUACCGCAUCCGACAGGCCCGCCCGCCCGACCCCACCACGCCGGAGGAUGUUGGUAUUAAUAAUGACGUGCCAACACUGCCGAUGCUGGAGUGGCGGGACCAGGUCGAGGAGGAAGUGGAGCGGAGUCUGGAGACCGUCAGCAGGAUCACCGGAGCUUCCAACGGAGGGCAUAUGGCCGCCAUACGUAUACAUGAAGCCUUUACAGUAGACCAUCACAGUCUUCCGGAUGAAAAAAGAAAAUACUUGAAGGAACUAAGAACUGAUAUCAAUAUGAGGACCGAAGCUAUGUCAAGAAUAGAUGAAGAGGAAGAUCCAGUCAUACUAACUGGUCUUCUGCUUGAGUGGCUGGAAGGUUUGAAACAGCCCGUGUUAGACCGGGAAGACCUGUCCAUCAUCGUCAGCCGAGGUCAAGACGUCGAGUCUUGCAUUUCGUCUCUACCAAUGGAGGACGUGAUUUUGCUGGAAUACCUUCUGCGCUUCGUCACGCGGCUCCGACCAUUGGCCGCUACCAAAAAGGUGGACAUACUCAAGCGUCUCCUUGCAUCCCUCUCACACCAGACAAUCAUGAUAACCGACAGAUGUCUACCAACACACAGGGACAUGCCACGGCUGCGAGACGGUACAUGUAGUCAAGCUGUGAAUUUUAUGUUACGCAUGAUUGUGGAACUUCAAAGGGACAUGAUAAAAUCUGGAAAAGACGAUGCUGAUGUCAUGGUGCCGGCGAGAAGAGUUAAAGUUAGAGCUUGGAAGUGAUUUCAUGAUAUCGCAUAUUUUGAUUCCUAAUAAAACUAAAUAUAAGUACUUAA